CAGAGUGUUGCCAGAAUCAGUGAUUUAUUUCACACUCACACGUACACACAAAUUUAGAUUUCAUUUAAAUUGUUUAAAAAUAGUCAAAUUAGUUUAACUUGGAACCGUAAACAAAAUAAUAAUAACAAUAACAACAAUGAAAGUUUUGCAAAUUUAUUAUAAAGCCGAGCUAACGGCUUAAAUUCUAGCCCAGCGACCUGUCAAAAAGAGUGUGCAGAGAGUGCAGAGUGGAAGAGGGAGGGAGAUAGAAAGAGCACACACUUCAAAAAGUAAAAUUCAACAGUAAUUCAGAAGAAAACAUUGGAAAAAGGCAAACAAACACACAACAAAAUGGAGCGUCGCGUUAAACUUAAAACAAUUAAUCCGCAUAUCACGUGUAAAAUCUGCGGCGGAUAUUUUAUAGACGCCACCACUGUGACCGAGUGUCUGCACACAUUUUGCAAAAGCUGUCUGGUCAAGCAUUUGGAGGAGAAGAAAACGUGCCCCACCUGCGACAAUAUCAUUCAUCAGUCACAUCCCCUGCAAUACAUUAGCUUCGAUCGCACCAUGCAGGAUAUUGUUUAUAAAUUGGUUCCAAAACUCCAAGAAGAUGAGUCCCGACGAGAACGAGACUUUUAUAAAAGCCGCAAUAUGCCCUGCCCCAAGGAUAUAACGCCAAAUCAUGAAGAUGAUAACGAAAAGGUGAUGGAGGCGCAUGCAGAGUCCGAUUUCCAUCGUCUUGAUGAGCAGGUCAAUGUGUGCCUCGAAUGUAUAAGCAAUAAUUUUAAGAAUCUGCAAAGGCGUUUCAUCCGCUGCAGCUCCCAGGCGACUAUAACGCAUCUCAAAAAGCUGGUGGCCAAAAAGAUACUCAACGGCAUCGAAAAGUAUCGAGAGAUCGACAUAUUGUGCAACGAGGAGCUGCUGGGCAAGGAUCAUACGUUGAAAUUCGUGUACGUCACGCGCUGGCGUUUCAGAGAUCCGCCGUUACGUCUACAAUUUCGUCCCAGAGUUGAGCUCUAAAUCAGUCUAUAACCCAAACUCCCUCAACAACAAAUGAUCUAUAUAUAUUUUUUUAUAAUUUAUUGACGAAGCGUAAAACAAAUGUAAGUGUAGGUGACAGUGAGUUAGAUAGAGAGAAAGGGAGAGAGAAUAAGCGUAUAUAUAUAUAUAAGCCCUCGUUAAUUAGGGCUAGUUAGUUAUUCAGGCAAUUGAAAUUUCACUUGCCUGGCUCUCUCAGAUUUAGGUCCUCCUAAUGUCCUGUUUACACUAAACAAACAUUUUCACAUCUCAACAUUCUGUUUAAAAUUCUUCAGCCCGCACUUGACAUUGAUUUUCAAUUUUCGCUGACAUUUUCCUUAAAAUUCCGAUUUUAAUUACUCUAAAAAUGUGGCACAAAGUGCAUUUAUCGACAUGGUUCUUAAUUCUAUUUAAGAAUUAUUUUAAUUAAUUGCUUCCCUAAAGUUUCCAUUUGUAAUUGUUAAAGCUUUCUAUCUAAACUGGAACAUUAUGUUUCUUUUUUGUUUAAUCUCCUAUCUAGUUUGCAUACAAAUAUUAUUAAAAACACAAGUGAUUUGAAUCUUUGAAGCAAUUGUUAAAUAUCCUAUCGAAAUUUUUGUUUUUAUUCUUUUUUGGUAUGUUUCUUAUAACGCUACGUCACAUCUUAUAAAAUAUGUUGUUUAGGAUUUGUUUAAAUCUCAUUCAGGUUGGCGAAAUAUAGUAAACAAUUCGUUCAAUAUCGUAAAAAAUGUUGAACUUUUGACCACAACAAAAAAAAUAAAUAGAUUACUUUUGUGUAAAUAGGACUUCAAAUCGGUUUCACGUCUUUAAACAGGAUUGUUGAAGGAUGUGAUAUUUAAAAGUGUUUGUUGUGUAAAUAGGGCAGAAAUCGUUUAGAUCCUAACUAAUGUAUUUUGUAUGUUUGUGUAUAAAGUCGUAAUUAAAUAUAAAAAAACUGUAUAUGUAUAUUUUAGAAUAGUCUUAGGUGUAAACACCCCUUAUCCUUUUUUUUUUUUAAUUUUAUUUUAUUUUUUAUUUCGUGUGUCGCGUUUGCUCAUGAUUUAAUCAACAUUUUCCUAUUUGCAAUAUAUAAAUGUUCUCCUUGAUUUUAUUAAA